AUGGUGAUUCUAAAACCAAUAAUCGGCAUUUUACUUCUUCAAUACACAAGGGGCACAGUCGCGACACAAGAUGACCUGCACUACGUCAACCCCUUGAUUGGAUCCACGAAUGGCGGCAACGUCUUCGCAGGGGCAAGUCUGCCUUAUGGCAUGGCAAAGCCUGUUGCCGAUGUCGAUGGUCAAAAUACAGGCGGCUUCUCGACGGACGGUAGCAAUGUCACGGGAUUCUCACACAUGCACGACAGUGGCACAGGUGGAAACCCGUCGAUGGGUAAUUUCCCGCUCUUCCCUCAAUACUGCAAGGACAACCUGGUCGACAAUUGCAAGUUCCCAAAAGCCGCCCGAGCUAUUCACUACAAAAAUGAUUCUGUUGUCGCCACGCCUGGGUAUUUUGCCUUGACACUCGAGAAUGGCAUCAAAGCUGAGAUGACUGCUGCGCAACACACUGCCUUGUACCACUUCGUCUUCCCAGGGGGAAAGGCGGCAGAUGGAAAUGAGUUGUAUCCACUCAUCUCAUUAGACCUUACGGAUCUGUGGGAUAGUCGACAGAAUGCUUCGAUCAGUCUCGAUUCCGAACACGGUCGAAUGAAGGGCAAUGGCACUUUCCUGCCGAGCUUCGGUGCCGGCUCAUAUCAGUCUUACUUUUGUGCUGAUUUCGUUGGCGCCGAUGUUCAAGGUAGCGGAAUUUGGGUCAAUGACCGAGCCGGAUCAGUACAUGAGCUGUUCGUCACUCGUGGUUUCAACAACUUCUACCUGCAGGCUGGAGGCUAUAUGACCUUUAUCCCCUCAGAAGACCAAACGGUGACCGUCAGAGUUGGUGUCAGUUUUAUUAGCACAGAUCAAGCUUGCAAGAAUGCUGAGGCGGAAAUACCGAACCCAGACGAUGCCUUUGAUACUUUGAAGGACCAGGCAGAGACUGCAUGGAGCAACAAGUUGAGACCUGUUGAGGUCACUUCGGGGGGUGUCAGCGAUGACAUGCUGAGUGCUUUCUGGAGUGGCAUUUACAGGACCAUGCUUUCACCUCAGAAUAUGACUGCGGAGAAUCCGCUUUGGAAGAGUGACGAGCCAUAUUUCGAUUCAUUUUACUGCCUCUGGGAUGCUUUCCGUUCACAGCAUCCAUUCCUCACAAUAAUCGACACUCCUGCACAGUCGGAGAUGGUCCGUAGCUUGCUGGACACCUUCAAACAUGAAGGAUGGCUACCUGAUUGUCGCAUGAGUCUAUGCAAAGGUUGGACACAGGGCGGCUCCAAUGCCGAUGUCGUCUUGGCCGAUGCGUACGUCAAGAAUCUUACUGGAAUCGACUGGGAGCUUGCGUACAAAGCCAUGGUCAACGAUGCAGAAAAUGAGCCACUUGAAUGGUCCUAUGAAGGGAGAGGUGGUCUGCAGAGCUGGAAGCAUCUCCAUUAUAUUCCAUAUCUGGACUUCGACUAUAUCGGCUUUGGCACCAACUCCCGCAGUAUUUCUCGCACAGUCGAGUAUGCUUACAAUGAUUACAGUCUGUCGGUGGUGGCCAGAGGCCUCGGCAAAGACUACUCUACCUACUUGGCGCGGUCUGGGAACUGGCAAAACUUGUACAAGGACGAUCAAAAGUCAUUGCUGCAGAAUGGCACAGACACAGGAUUCACUGGGUUCUUUCAGCCAAAAUACAUCAAUGGAACGUGGGGACAUCAAGACCCUAUUGCGUGCAGCGCUCUGGCGUCAUGGUGCUCGUUAACCUCCAACCCUUCCGAGACGUUUGAGUCUAGUAUCUGGGAAUAUCAAUUUUUCGUUCCCCAUGACAUGGCAAAGCUGAUCAAGAUGGUCGGUGGCCCAGAGGCCUUCGUGGCUCGUCUUGACUAUUUCCACACCUCAGGGUUGGCAGAUAUGGGCAAUGAGCCUGUCUUCCUAACCGUGUAUGACUAUCACUAUGCCGGACGACCAGCGUUGUCUGCCAGUCGAGCCCAUGCAUACAUCCCGUCUUCUUUCAACGCCACACACAGCGGGCUACCUGGUAACGAUGAUUCAGGAGCCAUGGGAUCAUUCCUCGCAUGGAGUAUGAUGGGACUUUUCCCCAAUCCGGGUCAAAACGUCUACCUCAUCAUUCCUCCAUUUUUCGAGGCUAUCGCAGUCACCCAUCCAGAGACCAACAAGACAGCCACAAUCCGUAAUGUCAACUUUGACAAAACGUUCAAAAAGAUUUACAUCCAGAACGCCACCCUCAACGGUGUGCCGUACACCAAGAAUUGGAUUGGGCAUGAGUUCUUCACGCAGGGCAUGACACUGGAGCUGACUCUCGGGGAUCGAGAAAGCGCCUGGGGCACGCGCAAGGAAGACUUGCCUCCAAGUUUGAGCGACUCUGUCAACAUCAAUGAAAUCUAG